UGUUGUUCAGUUUGCUCAGGUUUUUUUUGGCCAAGGCACGGAAAAACAAAUACGCCAGACAUCCCGAGUACUGAUUGGAGAUGGCAACUAUUCGUGGAUUGAAGUUCUUCGUUGUGAUGAGUUUUUUGCUCGCCCAGUUUUCCAUUUACGAUGUCAUAGCUGAUGAGAAGCUUCAAAUGAAGUUUUCCGAGCCCCCAAGCUUUAAACCUCCCAGUACUGCGAUGUGCACCUGGUUGAAAAACCUCGAGAACCUUGGCUUUCAGAAAGAAGUCGUCAGAAAGUCGGUUAAGAGGCCAGGAAAAGUUCGACCAGAUGCUGAGGAAACGGUUUAUUAUUACAAAUUGGUUCAGUGCUCUAAGGAAGCCUUGCGUAAAAUUGCAGCGGAAUUGAACUCAUCUGUUCCAGGUUCUUUUGGAAAGGAAAUGUUUCGCAAGGUGGCUGAAGAAGUAUCAUUCAGGCGUUUGAACGCUGGUGAUGGAAUGUGUAAAGUAGGAUUAGACGUUGAGUUUAAGGGAGGCCAUGACUGCCUCGGUAAUACAGGACGCAAGAAGAUGGAUCUUUCCAACCAAAGGAUCAAGAGGUUUAAGAUCCGUAUUCGCAUUAAAGUCAGCAUUAAAAUCAAAAUCUCUUUUAAAAGAAAAUAGUUCUGGUUUUAAGAGGAAUGAUUUAUGAUACACGCGUUGAGACUUGGGUUAUAGCAUCAUCCAAACUUGUAAACCAAAAAAUUGUUUAUGUUAUUUUUAGAAUAGCCCUUUUAACGACUGCAUAUUUUUUUUUGAGACUGUUUCAGUGGAGCUGAAUGAUCUUGCAAACCCAAACUCGUCUGAGAUGACGAGGUUUAUGACGCUCUCACUGAAGGAGGAUCCCAGAUUUUUAUGUAUUCAUUCAUAUCAUAUCCAUUUUGUUACGCUCAAGCUAUCGGUAAUGAAACUGUUAAA